AUGAUUGAAGCGAAAGAGACGGUCGCCAUUGUUGGUGCCCUUGGAACCCAAGGAGCUUCCGUGAUCAGGACGCUCAAGUCAUCGCCAAUGACUUCACAGUGGAAAAUGCGUGCAUUGACCUCCUCACCGCAAUCAGACUCAGCACGAGCUCUUAGCGAACAGGCCAACAUCUCUAUUGUCUACUGCGACGUCAAUGAACCGGAGACCAUCCGCGAAGCAUUCCAAGGAUGUACGCACAUAUUCGCAAACACCGCGUUUCAUGGAGGGACUUUGUUUGCCAAAGGCCAGCAGGCUGCCGAGGAGCUUGAGCAUGGCCAUAGUAUGAACCUCUUGCGCGCGGCAGCCGAGAGAAAAUCUUUAAAGCAUCUCAUCCGGAGUACUUUGACGGAUAGCUACGCGAGUAGCCAAGGUAAAUGGAAAGUACCACAUUUCGUGAGCAAGCAAGGCGCCAAUGCAUACAUUCUUCAAGUGGAUACGCUGACUACGACGCAGAGGGGCAACUACAAGAGCCAGGCUGGGGAGCCUGAAGUCGACAAAAGCACACUGAUGGCCAUUGGUGUGUACGGAAGCAAUUUCCGGAACCAUUCAUACAGGCUCGUCAAGAAAUAUGCCAAAGACGAAUAUGUGGUACAGCUCCUAUGCCUACCAGAUGUGCCUUUUUCAAUUGCUGGCGACGAGAACGAGAACGUUGGGAUUCUGGUACGUGCCAUCUUCGAACAACCGGAAAAGUCAAUCGGCACGUGGAUUGCUUGUGAGUCAGAGCACAUCUCCUGCCGACAAUGGGUUGCGUGCCUGGACGCGGCGGCCAAGUCGCAAGGAGUUCAAACAUCGAUCACAUUCGAGGAGUGUACCACAUGCAAUCUCUCGAAGAGAGAUGGAGCAUCCUAG